AUGUCAGGUAGAAGUGCGCAUGUGCGCAAGGAGAAAACCAAGGUCAAGGAUGGACAUAUACAAUCGCCGCAACAACAGCGAUUUGUCGAGAGUGACCAUGGAUCGGAAACGACACCCUCCAUUUACGGAGACUUUCCUGUGCCAGAUGGGCACCAGAUGACCCUCCAAAGUGAAUUGAAACAAUUCAACGUGCGGUCAUCCUCGAGAACCACUAGAUCGGAAGGAUCGGACGACCUAGCCUACGCACGCGUGCGAAAACCCGCUACCCCUGUGAUCGACGUAUCUGGCAUUGAGAAGUCAUCGUUUAGGUCGUUGAUGGACAAGAGGAGCGACGGAAUUCGGGUAGGACUGGCAAAGACGUUUGGCAAGAAGAAGAAGACGGAAGAAUUGAGACCCGAAUCACCAGGAUCAUCAUCCACAGUCCGGCCACCCGAUUCACAUGAACUUGAGGCUGGGGAAUAUGCCUACCAACCACCAAGUCUGCGACCAAGAAAGCAGCCGCUACAGGAAACGCAAGAAUUUAGCCGACCAGGUCCACCCCUGGGCAAGCUUCCUCCAAUUCCCCAAGGACCGCAAUUGAAGCGCUGGGUAGGUUCUGGCAGCGCUCCUCAGCCAUGGAACAAGCUUCGGAAAGACCCUGAGCUCUGGGACCCCAACGGUGACACUCUAAUCUUCUUCGGUCAUGAAGAUCGUCAAAAUGUGAGGCCUCCGCCAUCCUUUCGUAUCUCCUCCCACGUCCUAGAGGACACGCAGUCUAGAUUCCUGAUAACCCUGCUACGAGAAGGUUUGAUCGAUGAUACGAACUCGUUCAGCAUGCCCCCCUCUCCUGUCAGCUCACCUGGCGUGUAUCCGAAACAACCGACUGGGCGAGGCAGAAAUCAGCCAACACCUCCGGUGUCAGAGAACGGUGUGGGUACAUAUGACGGACAAAUCUCUUAUGGAAUCUACUUUCCGGCGCCCAAUGGUUCCAAGACCGACAUAAUUCGCCACCAGGUCACCACACGAAAUGUGUUCGCCCUUCUUUACCAAGCCUCGCUGGUUGGCGUGCAUCUAUUUCAAGCGCUGAAUGAUCUUCAUGAACGCCUUGAAGUUUACAUGCCGCCUGAUACCGAUGCAGCAGGUAUGCUUAUUGACUACCUUGUCGCCAAGGGAAUCGAUGAUGUUCGCGGGGAUCCUUCAUCUGCUGCAGCAUUACUUGCAUGGAGUGAAAGCCAAGGUGUGCGUUGGGAAGAAGGAUGGAGAGAGGCUUAUGUGCACAGCGCUGGAAUGUAUAAUCGACUGGAUAAUUGUGGAGAAUUCAAAUUCGUCACACCUAUUACAAAAGCCCUCCUCGAGCGAGCUAGCUUGGAUAUGCAAGUCCGAGUCCAGCACUGCGAGGAUAGAUUCGCGGAGUUUGACUUUGAGGACAUGUGGCCGAUGAUGAGUUCUCAUCCUCCUCCUGCGCGUUCGGCCUUCGAGAGACUACGCAAGUUCUUCCUUCAACACUAUGAAUCCUCAUACGAGACAUGGCCUCCAGCCAUUCCCCAUGGCGCCGAACAGUGGCUCACUAGAGAUAUAGCACAACGCUUACAAAGGGACUUUGGUGCUCUUUAUGACUAUCUCGUCAGCCGAGAAGUUACAUGGGAUUGUUCUGAGGAGCGAAGUGGACGAAAGUGGAACAUUGUCAAUCCUGGCAACAAAGCCUUUGACGCCGAUACCCCUGAUAUACCCUUCACAGAUAUUCUGGUUGCAUUCGACAACAGACAUAGAUAUCCACAUAUCCCUCACCCGUACCCCUUGACACCCGAGCCGACCCUCGCGAAACCGAACUCGAGAGAGAACCUGUUUAAGCCUGCCAAGAAGAACAAGUCUGUAGAGGAUAAGAUGGCAGGGCGAAAAGCAGCUCUAGCCUACACCGAAUCCACCAACAUCUACCUUCUUAGCUCUGAUUUCGUCACCAAUGACCUAGUCGAAGAAUUUGUACGGUUUGAGAAGGGCGACCGAGCAGGUGACGUUGAUCCUUGUGCAGCUCGAAGAGGUCGCUGGGUCCUAAUCUACGGCAUCCUGCAAACCCUUGCAUCCGUGUCAGUUGAUACGCCCAACCUUCGUUACACGGAUGAGGUCUCGUACCACUUGAGCCCACGUCUCCGCGGCACGCCACCAUGGAAAGGCGCAAAUCAGUACGUCGAGGAAGCCAACCAUGGAGGCAGCUACUGCUGGAGUGUUCGUGAGACCUGGCAAAUCGACCAACCGGUUUCAAUGCCCAGAGUCAAGCCGCUGUAUAUGAAGUCCUCUACUCCUCCUGUCACUCCAUCAAUCAUGAGUGAAAGCGACGGCACAUCAUCGGUCCGCAGUCACACACUUAGUAGCACAACAACGAGAAGCGGAGGCAGACACAGGAACCCAAUGAUUCGGAGAAGCGAUACGAGCUACAGUGGAUAUGCGCCAGGUAUCGAGAAGCUGGAUGAAUGGCCAAUGACGGAGCAGAGUCUGGAUAGAGGCAGGGGUAGGGAUAGGGGCAGUCCGACUGCUUUUAUGAUUAAGGAUUUUGAUGAUGAUGAAUAUCAUUCUUGA